UCGUUUCAAAACUAAGAAAAACAUUUAGCUCAAGUACAUGAUUAUCGUUUUACGACGAAACCUUUUCUGCUUCCGCUUUCCGUGUCUUCCUUUUCUCGUGUGCUUCGUUGGAAGAGGAGUCGAAAUGGGCCGACGACCAGCUAGAUGCUACCGCUAUUGCAAAAACAAGCCGUACCCUAAAUCUCGGUUUUGUCGUGGUGUGCCUGACCCCAAAAUUCGUAUAUUUGAUUUGGGAAGGAAAAAAGCUACAGUUGAGGAUUUUCCCCUGUGCGUUCAUUUGGUUUCUGAUGAAUACGAACAGCUGAGUAGCGAAGCUCUAGAAGCUGGACGCAUUUGUUGCAACAAGUACUUGGUAAAGUACUGCGGUAAGGACCAGUUCCACAUCAGAAUGCGCCUGCAUCCAUUCCACGUCAUUCGCAUCAACAAAAUGUUGUCGUGCGCUGGAGCUGAUAGGCUUCAAACUGGAAUGCGAGGAGCGUUUGGAAAACCUCAGGGCACGGUUGCUCGAGUUCGUAUUGGUCAACCCAUUAUGUCUGUCCGCUCUAGCGAUCGUUACAAGGCUCAAGUUAUUGAAGCUUUGCGGCGUGCUAAGUUUAAGUUCCCUGGACGUCAGAAGAUCUACGUUUCAAAGAAGUGGGGAUUCACCAAAUACGAACGUGAGCGUUAUGAAGAACUUCGCGAUGACAACCGCCUGGAGCAAGAUGGUUGCAAUGUGAAAUACCGCCCAGAGCAUGGCCCGAUUGCCGCAUGGGAAAAAGCUCAGCGUGAUGUUUAUGCUUAAUAACACAUUGAAAUAAAAUGUCACUUGAAGUUUCGUAAUUCAGAAACAAUAUACAAAUCAUUUCCUGAGCACA